UGCAGGAUCUGGAAAAGCAGAAUGUUGACUUCAAACAACGGAGACAUGUGGUUAUGUCUGGUUUCCAAAAGAAAAGGAAGCGCAACUGAAAACUGCUGCUGUAUUUUUUCCCAUUAAACCAGUAAAGGGAAGUUGAAUUUGCUCUAACAGCAACUCUGGAGAUGCUGAGGGUAGUGUUAUCUUUUUACAAAGUCACCAGAGGUUGUGUUCAAGUGGACAGUCUUCCUCAACACGGUGGACUGGUUUAAAAAAAAAAUAAGAGAGGAGUGUGUGUGAUCUGAUGUGAAUUCAGCAGCAUGGAUCAGUGUGAGCAGCAUAAGGCUCAGAGGAUCCAUCAGAAACCAGAACCUGAACCUCACCAUGAACCUGGACCUGAUCCCAGUUGUUUGUCCUGUAAAAGCAACCAAUCGAACGAUUUUUUAAUCGACUUUAAAACAGACCAUCAGAGUAUCUAUGAAAGACCUGAACCUGAACGUCAAAGUCAAUACGAACCGGGCACUGAAUCUGAACCCAGCUGUGUGUCCUUUAAGAGCAACGUGUCAAAAGAAGCGUUUAUCUUCUUCAAAUCAGACCAUCAGAGAGUGGCCCAGCAAAGCUCAGAUGGUCCCAGUGGUCAAUCUACCCAGCAGCAUCAAGCACAGCUGGACUCCAUAUUUAUGCUGCUGGAGGACAACAUUGUCACCUUUGUUAAGAAUGAGCUGAAGAAGAUCCAGAAGGUCCUGAGUCCAGAUUACCCAGAAAGUCAGGAAGAGGAUGAGGAGGUGCCAGAGGGUGAGGAUGCAGAGCAGAGGAGGAUCAGCAGAGAUGCAUUUGUGAAGAUCACACUGCACUUCCUGAGGAGGAUGAAGCAGGAGGAGCUGGCUGACUGUCUGCAGAGCAAACUUUUUACUUCAGUUUGUCAACGUAAACUAAAAUGUGGUCUGAAGAAGAAGUUCCAGUGUGUGUUUGAGGGGAUUGCUAAAGCAGGAAACCCAACCCUUCUGAACCAGAUCUACACAGAGCUCUACAUCACAGAGGGAGGGACUGCAGAGGUCAGUGAUGAACAUGAGGUCAGACAGAUUGAAACAGCAUCCAGGAAACCAGACAGACCAGAAACAACCAUCAGACAAGAAGACAUCUUUAAACUCCCACCUGGAAGAGAUGAACCAAUCAGAACAGUGAUGACAAAGGGAGUGGCUGGCAUUGGGAAAACUGUCUUAACACAGAAGUUCACUCUGGACUGGGCUGAAGACAAAGCCAACCAGGACAUCCAGUUGACAUUUCCACUGACUUUCAGAGAGCUGAAUGUGCUGAAAGAGAAAAAGUUCAGCUUGGUGGAACUUGUUCAUCAUCUCUUUACUGAAACCAAAGAAGCAGGAAUCUGCAGCUUUGAAGAGCUCCAGGUUGUCUUCAUCUUGGACGGUCUGGAUGAGAGUCGACUUCCUCUGGACUUCCACAACAACGAGACCCUGACUGAUGUUACAGAGUCCACCUCAGUGGAUGUGCUGCUGACUAACCUCAUCAGGGGGAAACUGCUUCCCUCUGCUCGCCUCUGGAUAACCACACGACCUGCAGCAGCCAAUCAGAUCCCUCCUGGUUUUAUUGACAUGGUGACGGAGGUCAGAGGAUUCACUGACCCACAGAAGGAGGAGUACUUCAGGAAGAGGUUCAGAGACGAGGAGCAGGCCAGCAGGAUCAUCUCCCACAUGAAGACAUCACGAAGCCUCCACAUCAUGUGCCACAUCCCAGUCUUCUGCUGGAUCACUGCUACAGUUCUGGAGGAUGUGCUGGAAACCAGAGAGGGAGGAGAGCUGCCCAAGACCCUGACUGAGAUGUACAUCCACUUCCUGGUGGUCCAGACCAAAGUCAAGAAGGUCAAGUAUGAUGGAGGAGCUGAGACAGAUCCACACUGGAGUCCAGAGAGCAGGAAGAUGAUCGAGUCUCUGGGAAAACUGGCUUUUGAUCAGCUGCAGAAAGGAAACCAGAUCUUCUAUGAAUCAGACCUGACAGAGUGUGGCAUCGAUAUCACAGCAGCCUCAGUUUACUCAGGAGUGUUCACACAGAUCUUUAAAGAGGAGAGAGGACUGUACCAGGAGACGGUGUUCAGCUUCGUCCAUCUGAGUGUUCAGGAGUUUCUGUCUGCUCUUCAUGUCCGUCUGACCUUCAUCAACUCUGGAAUCAACCUGAUGGAAGAGGAACAACUAAAAGUUUCUGUGUGGUCUAAAUUAUUUAACAAACAAAAUCUAACAAAGCUUCAUCAUAGUGCUGUGAACAAGGCAUUACAGAGUCCAAAUGGACACUUUGAUUUGUUCCUUCGCUUCCUCCUGGGCCUUUCACUCCAAAACAAUCAGAGUCUCCUACAAGGCCUGCUGACACCCACAGGCAGUAGUCCCCAGACCCACCAGGAAACAGUCUUGUACAUCAAAGAGCAGAUCAAUGAGGAUCAACGUGUAGAAAAAAGCAUCAAUCUGUUCCACUGUUUGAAUGAGCUAAAUGAUCACUCUCUAGUGGAGGAGAUCCAACAGUUCCUGAGAUCAGGAUGUCUCUCCACAGAUAAACUGUCUCCUGCUCAGUGGUCAGCUCUGGUCUUCAUCUUACUGUCUUUAGAAGGAGAUUUGGAGGUGUUUGACCUGAAUAAAUACUCUCCUUCAGAGAAGGUUCUUCUAAAGCUUCUGCCAGUGGUCAAAGCUUCCAAUAAAGCUCUACUGAGAAGCUGUACCAUCUCAAGUGAAGGAUGUGAAGCUCUGUCCUCUGUCUUAAGCUCCCAGUCCUCCAGUCUGGCAGAACUGGACGUGAGUACGUACGACUCUGGAGCAAAGCUGCUGUGUGAUGGACUCCUAAGUCCACACUGUAAACUGAAAACUCUCAGACUUAGAAGCUGUAUCCUCUCAAAGGAAGGAUGUGAAGCUCUGUCCUCUGUCUUAAGCUCCCAGUCCUCCAGUCUGACAGAACUGGACUUGAGUAUCAAUGACUCUGGAGUGAAGCCGCUGUGUGUUGGACUGCAGAAUUCACAUUGUAAACUGGAAACUCUCAGGCUCAGUGUCUGCGGCCUCUCUGAAGGAAAUGUUGGAGUUGUGUCCUCAUUUCUCAGCUCCCAGUCCUUCAUUCUGAAAUCCCUCUACUUGAAUCACAACAAUCUGCAGGAUUCAGGAGUGAAGCUGCUCUCUGGACUGAGUCCACACUGUCAACUGCAAACUCUCAGGCUGAGUGUGUGCGACCUAUCAGAGAGAAGCUGUGAAGCUCUGUCCUCAGCUCUCAGCUCCCAGUCCUCCAGUUUGAGAGAACUGAAUCUGAGCAACAAUGACCUGAAGGAUUCAGGAGUGAAGCAUCUGUGUGGAGGACUGGAGAGUUCAAACUGUAAACUGGAAAUUCUCAGCUUGUCAGGCUGUCUAAUCACAGAAAAAGGCUGUGCUGCUCUGGCCUCAGCUGUGACCUCCAACCCUUCCCAUCUGAAAGAGCUAGACCUGAGCUACAAUCACCCAGGAGACUCAGGAGUGACGCUGCUCUUGGAUGCACUGAAAGAUUCACACAAACUCAGGUGGGAGCCUGCUGGAGAACGAUGGUUGAGACCAGGUCUGAGGAAGUAUUCCUGUCAACUUACAAUUGACACAAAAACAGUAAACAAGAAACUCAGACUGUCUGACAACAACAGGAAGGUGACACGCAUGGAGGAGCUUCAGUCAUAUCCUGAUCAUCCAGACAGAUUUGAUGUCUGGCCUCAGCUGCUGUGUAGCAGUGUUCUGACUGGUCGCUGUUACUGGGAAGUCGAGUGGAGAGGAGAUGUUUCUAUAUCACUGAGUUACAGAGGAAUCAGUAGGAGAGGAGAUGAAGUGUGUGUGUUUGGAUCCAACGAUCAGUCGUGGAGUCUAGAGUGCUGUGAUGAUGAUGGUCGUAACUCUGUCUGUCACAACAACAGAUGCACACCCAUCUUCUCUUCUUCUUCCUCCUCCUCAUCCUUCUCUAGAAGAGUAGCAGUGUAUGUGGACUGCCCUGCUGGCACUCUGUCCUUCUAUAAAGUCUGCUCUCACACACUGAUCCACCUCCACACUCUCGACACCACAUUCACUCAACCUCUGAUUCCAGGAUUUGCUAUCUGGUCCUCUGCUUCCUUAGUGUUCCUGUGUUGAGUUUAUGAGUGUGGUCCUGUUAGAGAAACAGUGACUGCUAAACACACACAUGUUUCAAAUUCAUUUAAAUUAUCCAAUCAGUUUGUUUAAACAUCUUUCACUUCUUCAUGUUAGAAAUCAAAAUCCUCAAAGUAUUGUAAUUUUAGCUUUUCUCGUUUUGUCUUUAUUGGAAUUUUAUGACAUUCGUUUAUGUAUUGAAUAAUUGAUUUUGCAGGUCUACAUUUAUAUUUAAAACAAAGAAUUAAAGAAUAAUUUUGCUGUUCACAUUUUUUAUUUUGUUUUUAACAUUUUAAUUUGAACCAUUUUGGUCAAAUAUUGGAUGUUUAACACAAGAACCGUAACUCCUAAAUUUAACCCUAUCUGUCUCAAACCUCAUGACUUUUCCUAAAAUUUAUGUCAUCUUGAGAACUAUAAAGUGUCUAUAUAUUAAUAUAUAUAUAUAUAUAUAUAUAUAUAUAUAUAUAU